UCGAAGUUACAUGGAUUCUUGAAUGUUUUCGUGGCGGACACGAAGUUGACACAUGUGUACAAUGUGCGUAGUUUACGUUUAAUAAUGCAUACAUUUUUAUAAGACAAUCAGUUAAAAGGUACAAAGAUGCUGUGACCAAUUUGACAUUAAUAACUAAAUGUACAUAUGUGUCUGAAUAAAGAUAACAAAUAUAAGAGUGAUAUGCGAAAGACUACACAAUAGGUUUUAUAAUUCAUCUGUACUUAUGUGGUGCUUUUAUACAAGUCAUGUGAGUGAUUUCAAUCUGACAAGGUAGAAUAUUUUGUGCCAUAUCACAAAACAUAUCACAAAUAGCAAAGACUACUACCAGUGAAAUAUACGAAUAAUUUCAUUGUCGAUAUUGUAAAACAUUGUCAUACAAAUUAUUAUCUUCGAUAUAUAGAGAGUAUUCUACAAUCCUAAAAUGCGUAAUCAUAAAGCAACACAGAGGAUAAAAAAACAAGCACCUAAACAGAAAACAGAAAAAUUAAGAGAACUUUAUGUCACAUUAUAUGACCUUACUUUAUAUCCAGAGUUAGUCCCAUUGCGAUAUAAGUUGUCAUUCAGGCAGCAACUGAAACAAAUAACAAAGUUAUCGUAUAUAAAUACAUCCAAAAAUCAUUCUAAUAAUGUACAAUUAUCAAGACAAAAUGUGCAAAAUGCCAAUGUACAAAGUAGCAAAUCCAUAGAGAACAGUUCUUCGAGAAAUAUAUCUGAAAGGAAAAGCAUAAAGAAACAUGAAACAACUAAAUCUAAAUUAAAUAAUAAAUAUAUAAAAUCAAUUAAGAAAGUACUAAACAAUCAGUAUGAUAAGAUACUUCAAUCAAGAUCCAGAAAACAUAAACAACAAUCAAUAAUUGAUGAUGAGUCUUCCAGUGUAACAAGCGACCAAACUUUUGAUGAGACAAGCCAAACAUCAAACGAAGUGGCAUCAACAAAUACUAAAGUUCUUCAAUAUGCUAGGAAAUUAACUAUAAGCAGAGAAAAUAGAGUAGAUAUCAGUGAAUUGGAUUUGACAGAUGAUACAAGCAUGGAAUCAGCUAAGGUGGGUUCUGAUGAUACAAAUUAUUUGGAUAAGAAAAAUUUAAUUUUUAUUGAUUCUAAUAGCAAGAACCAAAAGGUAUCCAACAAAGAGAUAUCUAUUGCAAGUACAAAACACAACUAUAAUUUAAGUCCAGUUAAUUUUAGGGAAGAGGCAAAUCACAAAGUAAAACAAAAAUAUAGUCUAAACAAGGAAAGUCUAACCAUCGCAGAUGGAGGAAAGAAAUUUUCUACAAACAGACUGUUUGAGAAUGUUAAGACAAAUGAAGAAGUUCUGCAUACUUCUAAAAUUCCUCUAAGCUCAUCUAAUAAUAAAAUGAUUGAGGAAAAACAAGACCAGCAUAAUGCAAGAACAAAAUCAAAUACUGAUAGUACGUUAGCAGUAAAAUUAAAAUCUACCGCCAUCAUAAGACCAAAGAAAGUGCCUACUGAUUGCGUUACCAAAAACAGUUCACCAGAAAUAUCUAAAGAAAAUAAGUCGUUGAAGCAGCAGCAUACUAUACCAAAGAUAACUCAAGAUGCUUUCUUACCGAGAGGAACAGUAAAACUUGUAAGACUAAACGGGGCACACAUUAGCGCAUGGAAGAAUACUCUCAAUAAUGAUAAUUCGAAACAAAAUGGGUGUAAUAAUAGAGAUAAAAAUGUAAAACAAACCCUUGAUAUCGAUGAUACGCUUGAGCACACAAAUACUCUCAAAGAAAAGGGAGAUCAUGUAUCUUCUACAAUAAUUAAAUCCAUCAACGCUUCACAAAUAUCAGGAUACAUAUCAACACAGAAAAGUAAUACACAAGAAGAUAACAAUGUGCUGACUGAUGAUGGACUUUAUAAUAAAGUUCUCAGUCGUAGAAGACAAAGUUUCUCAAUAACGACACAAGAAGAUACUUACGAGAAUAUAAACAUCAAUAACAUUAAUACUGAAGCAGCAAUUAACACAAAACACAAUGUACAGGAUAAAAUACAAUGUCGAAAGCGUACUGCAGAGAAAAAUAGCGAAGAUGUCAAUACGUGUGUUAAAAGAUUUAAACUAAAAAGAAAUUUUCAGCAAAGCAAUGUGAAACCAUACAUUGAACAAUCGAAUCAACAACAACUUAAUGAUUCUUCAAGUACCGACGCUUCAAUGUCCAAAGAAGCAGAAUGUUAUAUAACCGAUUUGCGUAAAAUCCUAAAUCGGAAAAGGAAUGAAAAGACUUGGAAAUUGAAAGCCGCAAUUGAUGAUAAAACUAUAGAUAAUACGGCGUCUAUAGAAAUAAGUAAUGAAGAUGAUACAAUUGCUGUAGCAAACGUAGUAACAGCAAGGAACGAGAAAACUUGUGAGAAACUCUCUUCGAAGGAUAAAUUAACCUUUAGUAAAGAUAUAUGUGAAAAGCAAAAUAAUUCGCAAGUAAGUUCAAUUAAGAACAGUGCCUCGAAUUUAUCUAAUAACUUGUAUAAUGUACCAGACGAAGCAUGUCACAGUCAAGUAGAUAUAAAUAUUUAUGAAGAUAUCAAUAUGCGAAAGGAGUGUACAAACGAUUUGAACAAUAACGACGAUUGCAAUAAUGAAGAAGACUAUGAUUGCAUUUCUCUUUAUGCAGAAACGUUCGAUGUAAGCCAAUUUGAAGAUACAUUUCCGGAUGAACGAGAGAAAUUACCUAAACCUCUAUAUUCUGAUACACCAUACACAAUGAGUACUAGUAGUUUUGAUAAAUAUUUCAAACAGAAUAAAAGCGAAUUUAAUCAAGAGUAUGAAAGAUGUAGAGUAAAUAAUACAGAAAACUCACAGGUUGUACAAAAUACAGAUAAUACAGGAAAGGCAUUGGGAAAAAUGGAAGUAUUAAAAGACAAUUUACUAGAAACGCAUAAUAAAAAUCAAUUAUUGACAAUAAAACAAACUCUGCCAAAAAUAGCUUCAAACAUUCCUUUGUGGAGAAGAACAGUACACAUCGAUGAAGUAAUGAGGCAAACUUCACAGAGACAUUGUCCUGUAAAUUCAACAAAUUUAACAUCUGCAGCCGAAAAUACGCAAAUUUUUAAAUCUCGCGAUAUGAAUCAGCAUUUUUAUGGCUUUUGUUUUAAUAUGUUGAUAUACUCCACGUGUAAACAGAAAACAUGUAAUUUCAAACACAAUUUUCAGGAUUUCCUUCACAAGUUUAAUACUCAAAAUAACAAUAAAAUAAUGGAUAUGAUAGAAUUUGCUAGAUUUAAGAAAUUUUUCUUUUUCUGCCAAGAAUUAUAUAGAAUAUCAUUAAAGAAAUUAAGUACCGAUCAGAUUUUAAAGAUACAUCAAAUGUUUUAUGACGCCUAUAAGUUAACAAAGGAUAUUACUUGCGACGUUCUCGAUGAAUUAUUAAAGAGAAAUAUGCCAUUAAGUGCUAUUGUGGAAAGCAUCGUAGCGUCCAUCUAUUCGUCCGUUAGAACCAUUAUAGUGAACCAAGUGUACCUAAUAUACCAGUGUAUAGAAAAAUAUAUAGAAUCUGGUAAAUACUGGUACAUUGCAAGGAGCAUGUUACCGAUACUGAUGCCAGAUAAGCGUAUUAUUGAAAACAUAUUAUACGAUUGCAUAUGCAAUGAACAGUUAUUUAAUGUUCGAGAUAUUGAUGAUAUAUUAAUAAGUAAACUCCGUCCUGAUAUGAUAUCACAAUUAGAUAAACAUUUAAUGGUACGUUUCAAAAGUCUGUUGGCUAAGAAAACUGCAGAGGAUAUUCGCACUAUGAAACCAGUUCAGGAAUUUGGGGAAAAUUUUAUGGCGAUGGAUACGAUUGCUUCCCCCGAUUCGAAACAACACUUAGACGAAGUGGAAUCACCAAGAGGAUCUAUCAAUAUUGCAAACAUGAGUCGGACAAAUGAAAUUGAGAAGCAUGGUCAUGAAAUGAAUGCAACAAGUAGUAAAUGUUACAUAUUGCAUCCUAUCGACGACUUGCCGGAACCACGAUCUAUCUACCGAGAUCAUGAACAUCUGUGGAAAUUCUAUGUAGAUUUAGAUAGAGUUAAACAGGGACUUAAACAUCAAGAUUACGAUUAUGUUAUUGAUAUCUUAGAAGAGUACACAGAGAAACAGGAUGCAAACUUGUUUGUUCGUUCAUGUUGUAAUAUGCUCCGAACAGAGAUAAAACGUUCAGAUCACCACUUAAUAAACAUAAUACAACGAACAGUCCAAACCGGUACUUUUGCCAUCCUGCGUAAAAUCCUAUUUGAGAUAGGAUUAGACAUAUUGAUCGCUUUAAUGGACGAAGAGGCUUGGAGGCUUGCGUUUUACUUUGUCAAAUCACUUAAAAUUUGUGAUUUACCAUCUAGCGCGGAAUUUACUAUGUUAUUGGCUGAGAUUUAUCUAGCUAACAAAAGAGCUCUAGAUGCACUCGAUUUAUUCACAAACAAAAAAAUUAUAUGCACCAGUCGUGAUAGGUGGCGUGUUGUAAGCACUAUUCGCGACGAACGCGUAAGAAACAAACUAAUGUAUAUCCUAUUGGAUUCACUUUGUAACGGUCUAACGGAACACGCUUUCUUUCUCUUUACAUUUUUGCUCAAAGAUCAAUCCAGCCAGUUUUAUCCGAUAGAUUUGUCUCGUUACGUAAACAAGUUAAUAACGCUACUUUUAUCAGGAAACGAGACAGCUUUAAUCAUGGAAAUGGGGAAUUUGAUACUUAAAUAUAAUUUUCCAUUGAAUACAACGACGUGUCGUGCAUUAAUUACAACGUUGAUUCACGUAGACGAAAAAUUAGCCAUACAGCUAUACUGUUAUGCGGAAGCCAUAGGUCUCUACUCGGUGAUAAAGCUGUGGCCAAUAUGUAUCAUUAUGAAUAACGACUUAACGGAAGAAGAAAUAUAUCUUAGAAUUCUACGCUUACUAGAGAAGCUUAAAAUAAAUUUUGGACAUGCGAUCGAAACCGUUAAACCGAGAUCGCAACAGAUUGCAGUAUUUCUCAUCCUUGAGGUGAAAUCAACGGAACAGCCUUGUUGCUCUAAACAGAUCUGUGAUAAUAGUCGAGCGAUUGCAAAUAUCAAGGCACUAAUAAGAAAUGUCUUGAGAAAACGAUUUGAUCCACCUAUAUCAUUAAUAUCACAUGUUAAAGAAAAAAUAUGUAGGCUACAAACCAAAAGUCUUAUAAAUUAUCUUAAGUCGGAACAUUGCAAUUGAUAAAAAAUAUUGGUCACACUUGACCGAGAACAUGGGAUGCAAAAUCUAGAUGGAUUAAAAAGAAAGGCAUCAAUAGUCACGCAUUUCAAACACCAUAGGAUAUUGUUUCAGUGCUAUCAUAACAUUGAGAAUAUUACUUUGUUUUACAUUGAAUAUGCAGUACAUACUACAUAUAAUGUUAUUCUUUAUACAAAUAUCACAAUUAAAUAUAUAGUGAUCACGAUUGAAAGUUUUCAAUCGUACAAUUUGA